AUGAGUUCUACUGAUCCAAUCCUAGUGCUAGAUUUUGGAUCUGGUUUUGUUAAAGCUGGUUUUGCUGGCAACGAUUCGCCAUCUCUUGUAUUUCCAACAGUUGUCGGCAAUCUGAGACACGCAAAACUCGGUCCAUCAAACUCAAACGAUCCUCUGAUCGGUGAAUCAGCACUUUCUGGUGCAAAUGUUACAGUAAAAAGACCAAUCGUUCGUUCUGAAAUUCAAUCACCAGAAGAUUUCUAUUCAAUUGUUAAUUAUAUUUUCCAAACACUCGAAAUUAAAGGAGAAAAUAAUCACAUCUUGAUUUCAAGACCAUCUGGAGCUAGUACUCAACAGCUUGAGUUAAUUACAGAAUACUUUAUCGAAACAUUCCACGUUCCAUCAAUUGCUUUUAUUUCUUCAGCAGCUUUAUCACUUCUUUCGACAGGAAGAGCUACAGGUGUUGUUGCUGAGUGUGGGUAUAGCAUCACAAACGUUGUUCCUAUUUUCGAAUUCUUUGGAUUAGAACAUGCAAGAAUUACAGCAAAUCUUGGUGGUCAAGAUGUUGAUUUAUAUCUCAAAUCAUUACUUAAAAAGAUUGGUAUGGGUGAAGCAGACAAUAAUGCAGUUAACGAAGUUAAAGAACAAUUAUGUUACGUAAAAGCAUCAAGUACAGCGAAUAACCAACCAGCACCUUACGAACUUCCAAGUGGUACUCGUCUUACAAUCGGAGAUGAGCGCUUCUUAGGCCCAGAAGUCUUAUUUGAUCCAUCAUUGAAUUCAAUUGACGCUCUUGGUAUUAGCAAAGCAUUAGAAGUUUCCAUUGGAAGAUGCGAUGAGUUCCUUAAGACAGAUUUACUACAGAAUGUUGUUAUUAGCGGUGGAUCCACGAUGUUCCCUGGAAUUGCAGAUAGAAUACAAGAAGAUCUUACUGGAUCUCUCAAGAAGGCAGUGAAUAUUAUCGCUGCGCCAGAAAGAAAACACGGAGCUUGGGUUGGAGGUUCAAUUUUCGCUACAACACCGGUAUUUGAGCAAUUCCAGAUUAAGAAGGCUGAGUGGGAGACCCAGAAGGAAUUUAUCUUCAGACAGAAGUCAUUUAUGUAA